CGAUUAGAAAGCAGGUUAAAUGACGGUGCGGGGCUUCGACGCGACGGGUCAUGGGGGCCUGCCUCAGCCGCUGCUUCAACGUCGUCGACCCGUCGUCCUUCAGGUCCUACCACAGACAUUCCAGUAUGUUCUUCCAGGAAAGCGGUCGAGUGGAGUUCACGAACGAAGCAGAAACUGGAAACACGGAACAGGCUGGGAGAGCUAAAAGACUCUUAUCGUAUCUGUCCCUGAAACGACUAAAGAAAAAACAUGGAACUCCGGUGACCCUGGAAUUGGUGGAAGAAAGCGGCUGGCCAAGAGGUACAAGCAAAUAUGCCCGAUUAAGCUCCAGAAAUAAUGCAUCAACAAGUUCUAGUUUGGAUACGCCAUUUCAAACUCUCGAUGCCCGCUCACUGUUGAAACACCAAGGAUGCAUGUCUUCUACACCUGCGUCUUCCUUAGAUCUUGAGUGGGAACACGAAGGAAUGCCAUUACCUGCCAUAGAGAAUGAUAAGAUGGAGAGCAGCGAAGGUUCCUUGGCGCAGCUAUCGAACAAUAAUAGUCAGCCUUCUAGUCUGACAAAUUCACCCUGGUCCAGAGUGUCGACUCUCGACAGCUUGGAGUGGGACCCGGUUGAAGCUGACAUGGUGUGUGUCGACAUCGAGACUGAACAAUUGUUAACUGAAAUAGAAAGACUAACAGAUAGAGCUUUGAAAGAAACUGGAGAAUGGACAGGUACUAGCUGAUAAAUUAUGGAAUCGUUUCAAUUGUGGGCUGUUUAUAUUUUUGUAUUAGAGUAAGGAAUGGUUUUCAUCGGUUUUUGGUACAAAGGAUAUCUUCUAUUCUUCAAAAAUAUAAGACAGGCGGAAACUCGUUCGUAAUUGAUCUCAUCGACAGAAAAGUGAAAUUGCUUAGAGGUUGGAAAAAUCACAGAUUGUUAACUGCAUUACCUCAUCACUAUUUUAAUAAGUUGAGCAGGAUAUUUCGAUGACCUUAGAUAGUCUACAUGGGAUGUUAAAAGUUAUUUCAAUGGAAUUUAUAAAUUAGCGUCACGCUAAUAUACCAAAAUAAACUAGAAAGCUAAAGGUU